AUGACAGGAAUGAAUAAUAAAAUUGAUAGAAAGAGAAGAAAAGAGGGUACUUUAAAGAAACAAUUUAAUUUUGGACGUGUAGAUGAAGAAGUUAUGAAAAGAUGGGAUAACAAUAAAACAGCACUUGAAAAUUUCGCUUUAAUGGGUUUACAAUAUAGUAAUAAAUUUGAAUGUGAUAAUAAAAAAGCUUUAAAUAAAUUAGGAAUGGAAGCAAAACCAGUUGAUUUAACAUUACCAAAAGAAGUUAAAGCAAAAGAUAGAGGAAUAAAUGCUCACCUUCAACAAUAUACAAAAGCAUUAAUUAUUAAAUAUAAAGAUGAUUAUGAAAAAAUGAAAAUGGAUCAUAAAUUAAAUUUCUAUCAAAAAACAGCAGGUGAAUUAGAGAAAUUAUGCAAUAAAUAUACUGUAUUAUAUGGUCAUCCAUUAAUGGGUGAUGUUUAUAAACAACAACAACAACAAAAAGAAAAAGAAGAAAAAGAAGAACAAGAAAGAUUAGAAAAAGAAAAACAAAGAUUAGAACAAGAAAAAUUAGAAAAAGAAAGAUUAGAAAAAGAAAAAUUAGAAAAAGCUGCUGCCGCUGCACAAAAGAAAACAACAACACCAACCGCAGCAUCAACUAAAAAAGUAGUUUCUAAAAAAGCAACAACAACAACAACACCAACUACUGAAGCAACAGAAGUUAAAAAGGUUGUAAAGAAAACACCAACAACAACAACAAAAAAGAUAUCAAAAAAGUAA